GAGUACUCAAAUGAACAAAUCUGAUUGUACGAUAAGCAACAAUAUACUAAUCCAGACACUUUAUGUCGCGUUCAGGCAGCCAUGGUAGAUGGGUCACCUUCCUUGGUUGUUACCGCAGGUUUAGUAGCGGUGAUACAGAUUUGGAAAAAAGUGCACCGGCCACCCAAUUCUAUCUACAAGUUGACUUUGACUGCAAAGCAAAAAUCUCGCAUAAGUCUUGUAUUGUUCCUUUUUGUCCCUUACAUGGUGUUCCUGGUCUUCAGCAUUGGGUCGGGAGGAAGGAUUUUUCGUUGACAAACCCCAUGAACGGUCUGUACUGCUCUCUCCAUGUGGAUGGAUUCUCCCGCUACAGUAUUCCUGCAUAUUGCACUGUUGUCAUGACUUUCUUGCUGGGCUUCGAAGUUGCCAUCUCUUACAAAUAUUGGAGAACGCGAGCAACGACGGCGCGAGCGUUCACACUCCUCAAAAGAGAUCUACCCUUCUCACUCAUUUUACGGAUGCUACUGUUCAGUGUGGUCUCAGUAAUGGUGAUAAGUAUAGGCAUCAUCUACAUGUCAAACUGGCUUGUCCCAUGGCCUUACAUGAUGCAGGCCACUUGUAUGUCAUAUUAUAAUCUCGGCUUGGGAAGUAAUGGAACUGACUGACUGCCUGUAGUACCUUUGUUUUCGGUAUGCGUA